AUGAGCACGCUCGACAACCUACCAGAGGAGCUACUCGCCCUCGUCCUCCAGAACUGCGACACCUUUUCCCAGUUACGAAGCCUUGUUCUAACAUCUAAGAGACUGCAUAAUACUUGGAUAUGCAACCAACGCGCCAUUCUUUGGAACGUGAGCCAGAGAGCCAUGGUCAGCUUCAGCGACGCCCUUAUCGCAGUCCGCGCAACAAGAAUAGCUACAGAUUACUUUCUCAACGGUCAACUCCCUCCAGACCCAUUUCCUGUCUCGGAACUUAGCGGCGACACUGCGAAGCCCUGCAUCAACGAGGUGAAGCACGCCCUUGAAUUUGCCCAUCUAGCACAGUAUCUUGAAGACAAGACGCGCUCCCCACUCGGGAAAAGAAAAGAAUUUCUACCGGACAAGUGGUACUUUGACAGUCUUGCCUGGACCCCUCGCACAUGGCAGGUCUGGCGAGAAAACUAUCACCGGGCUGUCUAUCGCUAUCUCGCUGCAGGGGCGGUUCUCUGUCGUGCAUACUACGCGCCGCUUGUUUCUGAGAAAAGGCCGGCUGGAUUUCUUUCUUCCCUCCUCUCAAUUCUCGAGGGCAUAGCCGUGCAAAGUGACCGUGAGUAUCCGGAAUGGUUUACGGAGGAUGAACAACGGUAUCUCUCCACGAUCCCACUCUACGACAGCCAGGCAUACGCAAACUGGGAAUCAGCAUUCAAGCCACUCGAGGAACUGUUCGUGGGCGAGAGCAAAAAGCAGUCUCAGGAUUUAGGGCCUGUCACCCCUCCACAACCAACUGAAGAUCUAUCUCAGUGUCUUCACUGCAUCUUCGGCAGCAAAGCAAAGAACCUCCAAUCGCUCGACACGGCCCACGCAAACACCCUCUUCCAACAAACCCUCCACUUCCUCAAUUUAAUCGACGACGACAUCCGACUACUCAUCUCUCUACCAGGCGAUACACCAAUGGAGCCCGUCGACGACGCUAUCAAACCCCCCUCCACAACCGCAUUCCUCUUCGGCUCAUUCACACCCAUGAAUAUAACCAUCCGCCAAGGCCAAUGCCAGUGUAAAUGCAUUACCACAUCCGCAUUCGCGACACCCCUCCUAGCGCCUCUCAGCAGCAAGUCCGUCUCCACAGCCACCACAUCGCAGUAUCUCUCCUUCUCCAACAUGCACAACUACCUCAAAAAAGUACACGACGCAUCUAGCCUCCCAAACUGCUACGGCGACCCGAUUCGGAAGACCCCGCCCCCGAUAGGCUUCUUUACGGAGUACAUGAUGCGGAAGUACUUUGGGUUGCGGUUCGCAUGUACAAUGUUUGAUUCGACGCGUGAGAUUCGGUGUGCGUGGUACGCGUUUCAUCAAUUUGGAGGCGUUUUUACGGGGUUUGGGCCGGGAGCUGGUCCUGGUCCUGGCCCUGGCCCUGGUCCUCGUUUAGAGGACGAUGAGGAUGAGGAUGUAAUGUAUGUAGGGCAGGAUUUGCUAGUUUCUGUGGACGAGCCGACUCCGAUGCCUUGUUAUGAUGAGCAUGCGUGGUAUUAUUAG